GAAAAGUUGCUUUGUCUCCUGUAAUUGCACUAUUUUGUUUUUGUGUUCUUUGUUGCAUUCUGUGUUUUGUUUGGUUCUGUACAGCUGCCUUCAGCACUAUCAAGAAGCAACAGCUCAAAACAUAAGUAAUCUGGUCAGAGCUUUUUUCCCUGAAGGACAAAGGGAGAAAGUUUGACAAAUGGUCUAGUACCAAUUUAUCUGAGAGAAGAUAGAUUUGUGAGACUGAGCAACAAUUUUGCAACACAGUUUGUUGAUAAGUGCAUGUUUAUAGUAGGGAAUAAAAUACCUACAUUAGACAUUUGGUUAUUUCUGUUUCAUGUAUUACAAAUAAAAAUGUUUUGCAUGUGAGCAGACUUGGAAGCCUAUUUCAUAAUAAAAAUGUGGAACUAAUUUAAUAUGAUAAUUUGCAGUGAACUAACUUGAAAGACUUUAACACUGUUGGUUUUGCAGGUUUUAAAAAGUAGAAAUUGUUUUAGUUCAGAACAGAAGAAAAGUUUAACUUCAGUAUUAAAAAGUACUUUUUUCAGUAAGUGACUACAUUUGACUAACGUGGAAAAAAUGCUGGUUUUGUUUCUUGCCUUCACUGAGAUAUUUGUACCAUUGAAUCAUUUUAAUGUGUCACAUAAGACCAGUGUACAUUCACUCUCUCGUUUUGUUUUGUUUUUUUAUUUGGUAAUACUUUGGUAAGAUUUCUUGACAAUUCAUGCCAUACCCUGCUGGUAUAUUAACCCAAGAAGAUUAUUAGGGAAUAACACAGAGUUAUCUUUGCAACAAAAUAACUGAACAAAGUAUUUCAAGUAAGACCCUAACAUGUAUUAGAUAAAACUGGAAUGUGUCAGGGUUUUAAGUCCAGAUUUAAGGAGAAGAAACUGUAAUUCUAUUGUGUAAGAUUAUUGACGUUUUGCUAUAAUUGCCAUAAUUUAUUGCAAUUAGAAUUAAAACCUAUUUCCUUCAAGCAUAUGUGUUGGUUUGCCAUCUGCUUAUAGGAAAGUGAUGAAAGUGUGAAAAGGCUUAGCAAUAAAAGAAAAUGAUUGAGAUUGACUUAAAUUUUUCAGUGCUGCCUUUAUAAACAUGCUACCCUUUUAAUUAUGAAUGCUUAUUAAUUCUACAGAUACAAUGUUAGCAGAUGCACAGCUUGUCUGCUGUUCCUACAGAAAAGGAAAUCUUGAUCUUAACUGGUUGGAAAUAGCUACAAGUUAAAUCUCCUCAGAUAUCAAUAAUAGAGAGAUUUGGAACAUUGUUCAUCAGCUAUUUGAAUCUCUGCUUCCUUUCUCCUAACUCGCUCAUUAGAAGCCACUAAUAAGUUUUUCUCAACUUCUAACUUCACCCUCCUUUUAAAAUGAUAGUUUCUUUAAAUAUUAUACUCAAGAACUUUAUUGCCAUUGAUGAGGAAAAUUCAAGAUAGUGUAUUUUUGUUAAAGACUUUGAUUGAAUGUAUAACAAUGAAUAGACAGACUUGUUUCAGUGAACAUGAGGAUCUACUGUCUCUUGAAGUAAAUGUUGGUAAAAGUGAAAACUGUAAUCUGUUAUAUACACUGAGCUUAAUUCAAGUUCCUCCUUUAAAACACUUUUUCAAUGAAGCCUAGAUAUCCUGUAUUUCCCUUCAAGCAAACAUUCAAAAUUACAGUCUCUCCACUAUGCGAGUUAAACAGAAUGCUACGUGAUCUUAUUGCUUAAUAAAGAUCCAAAAAUGUCUCGAGUUGCACUGGAAUCUCUCUACAGAUUAUUGUGGGUUUAUGUUAUUAGAAUAAAAUGUGAAAGUAACACUGUAACGCAAAGCCGUCUCAUGAGCAUUGUAUCAGCACUUUUUCCAAAAGGCUCACGUAGUGUGGUCCCUCGAGACACGCCUCUAAAUAUAUUUGUGAAGAUUAUUCAGUUCAUUGCUCAGGAACGUUUGGAUUUUGCAAUGAAAGAAAUAAUAUUUGAUCUUCUCAGUGUUGGAAAAUCACCUAAAACAUUCACUAUUAACCCAGAGAGGAUGAAUGUAGGCCUCAGAGUCUUCCUUGUGAUAGCAGAUAGUUUGCAGCAGAAAGAUGGUGAACCACCAAUGCCAACAACAGGAGUCGUUCUUCCCUCAGGAAACACUCUGCGUGUAAAGAAAAUUUUUCUUAAUAAAACUUUGACAGAUGAAGAAGCAAAAGUUAUAGGAAUGUCAAUAUACUACCCUCAAGUCAGAAAAGCACUAGAUAGCAUUCUUAGACAUCUGGACAAAGAAGUUGGGAGGCCAAUGUGUAUGACUAGUGUGCAGAUGUCCAAUAAGGAACCUGAGGACAUGAUUACGGGUGAGAGAAAACCCAAGAUUGAUUUGUUCAGAACUUGUAUUGCUGCUAUCCCAAGAUUGAUUCCAGAUGGCAUGAGCAGGACUGAUCUCAUUGAAUUGCUAGCAAGGCUGACAAUUCACAUGGAUGAAGAACUGCGUGCUUUGGCUUUCAAUACUCUCCAGGCAUUAAUGCUAGAUUUUCCAGACUGGCGGGAAGAUGUUCUUUCAGGAUUUGUUUAUUUUAUUGUGCGUGAAGUGACUGAUGUCCAUCCCACACUUCUAGACAAUGCAGUAAAGAUGUUAGUGCAGUUAAUAAAUCAAUGGAAACAAGCAGCCCAGAUGCACAAUAAAACCCAAGAUUCUCAGCGUGGUGUUUCAAAUGGAGCUGCCCACACCCUUCCCCUGGAGAGGACCCUUUAUUCUAAUGUAUUCCAUGUGGUGGAAGGCUUUGCAUUGGUCAUUCUUUGUAGCACAAGGCCUGCAACCAGAAGAUUAGCUGUCAGUGUUCUUAGAGAAAUAAGGGCCUUGUUUGCACUUUUAGAAAUUUCCAAGGGUGAUGAUGAGUUGGCAAUAGAUGUAAUGGAUAGACUGAGCUCAUCUAUUCUGGAAAGUUUCAUACAUCUAACUGGGGCGGAUCAGACUACUUUACUAUACUGCCCUAGUUCAAUAGAUUUACAAAUGUUAGCUGACUGGAGCUCCUCACCUAUCAGCCAUCAGUUUGAUGUGGUCAGUCCAUCACAUAUAUGGAUAUUUGCACAUGUGACCCAGGGUCAAGACCCAUGGAUUAUAAGCCUCUCCAGUUUUAUGAAACAAGAACAUCUUCCAAAACACUGCCCCACAGCUGUUAGCUAUGCUUGGAUGUUCGCUUACACAAGACUCCAACUGUUGUCUCCACAAGUUGACAUAAACAGCCCUAUAAAUGCCAAGAAAGUAAAUACUACUACAAGCAGUGACUCCUAUAUUGGGCUCUGGAGAAACUACCUGAUUCUUUGCUGCAGUGCAGCAAGUUCUACAACCUCUUCCACAUCUGCAGGUUCUGUGAGAUGUUCCCCUCCUGAGACGCUGGCGUCGACUCCUGACAGUGGUUAUAGCAUUGAUUCUAAAAUUAUUGGCAUUCCGUCCCCUUCAUCCUUGUUUAAGCACAUAGUUCCAAUGAUGCGCUCUGAGAGCAUGGAAAUUACCGAAUCCCUUGUGCUGGGACUUGGCAGGACCAACCCAGGAGCUUUUAGGGAACUAAUAGAAGAAUUACAUCCUAUAAUUAAGGAAGCACUUGAAAGAAGGCCAGAGAAUAUGAAACGACGCAGGCGUCGAGACAUUUUACGAGUACAACUAGUACGAAUAUUUGAACUGUUGGCGGAUGCUGGUGUCAUUAGUCACAGUGCAAGUGGUGGCCUUGAUAAUGAAACACAUUCCCUCAACAACACUCUAUUGGAGUAUGUUGACCUAACUAGACAACUCCUAGAAGCAGAAAAUGAAAAGGACUCUGAUACAUUGAAAGAUAUCCGAUGCCAUUUUAGUGCCUUAGUGGCGAAUAUCAUUCAGAAUGUUCCAGUGCACCAGAGAAGAAGUGUCUUUCCUCAGCAGAGCCUACGUCACAGUCUCUUUAUGUUGUUCAGUCACUGGGCAGGUCCUUUUAGCAUCAUGUUUACUCCCCUGGAUAGAUACAGUGAUAGGAACAUGCAAAUAAACAGACACCAGUACUGUGCAUUAAAGGCUAUGUCUGCUGUACUGUGUUGUGGCCCUGUUGCAGAUAACGUAGGACUCUCAUCAGAUGGCUAUUUAUACAAAUGGCUGGAUAAUAUUUUGGACUCACAGGAUAAAAAGGUUCAUCAGUUAGGGUGCGAAGCAGUUAUGCUGCUGUUGGAGCUCAAUCCUGACCAGAGUAACCUCAUGUACUGGGCUGUGGACCGGUGUUACACAGGUUCCAAGCGGGUAGCAGCUGGCUGUUUUAAAGCCAUAGCUAGUGUAUUCCAAAACAGGGAUUACCAGUGUGAUACAGUGACCCUCUUAAAUCUGAUACUCUUUAAAGCAGCUGAUUCAACUAGGGCUAUCUAUGAAGUUGCUAUGCAACUAUUACAGAUCUUGGAACCCAAGAUGUUCCGUUAUGCUCACAAACUGGAGGUUCAGAGAACUGAUGGAGUAUUAAGUCAGCCUUCUCCUUUGCCACACCUGUACUCUGUGUCAUAUUAUCAGUUGUCAGAAGAAUUGGCAAGGACAUAUCCUGAGCUAACUCUUGCCAUCUUCUCAGAGGUAAGCCAGCGAAUUCAAACAGCACAUCCUGCUGGAAGACAGGUGAUGCUACAUUAUUUGCUACCAUGGAUGAACAACAUUGAGUUGGUAGAUUUGAAACCAUUGCCAACCAUCCGACGACAAGAUGAAGAUGAAGAUGAUUCCUUGAAAGACAGAGAGCUAAUGGUGAACAGCAGACGCUGGCUACGAGGAGAAGGCUGGGGAUCACCACAGGCUACUGCUAUGGUUUUAAAUAAUCUGAUGUAUAUGACAGCAAAGUAUGGUGAUGAAGUGGCAUGGUCAGAGAUAGAAAAUGUCUGGACUACUCUAGCAGACAGCUGGCCAAAGAAUCUGAAAAUAAUUCUGCACUUUUUGAUCAGCAUCUGUGGAGUGAAUAGUGAGCCAAGUCUCUUGCCUUAUGUAAAGAAAGUAAUUGUCUAUUUGGGUAGAGAUAAAACAAUGCAGUUAUUGGAAGAACUGGUGAGUGAACUACAGCUUACAGAUCCAGUCAGCUCUGGAGUCACUCAUAUGGAUAAUCCACCAUAUUACCGCAUCACUUCCAGUUACAAAAUUCCUUCUGUCACUUCAGGUACCACUUCCAGUAGCAAUACAAUGGUAGCUCCCACAGAUAGCAAUCCUGAGAAUAAGCAUGCUAAAGACAGUAUUGAGGAGAACUAUGUACACCUAGACAUCUACAGUGGAUUGAACAGUAAUCUGAACCGCCAGCAUCACAGGCUAGAAUCUCGGUACAGUAGCAGCUCUGGAGGAUCAUACGAAGAGGAAAAAAGUGAUUCAAUGCCUUUGUAUUCAAAUUGGCGACUGAAAGUGAUGGAGCAUAAUCAAGGAGAGCCUUUACCUUUCCCACCUACUGGGGGUUGUUGGUCACCACUGGUGGAUUAUUUGCCUGAAACUUCAUCUCCAGGCAUGUCUCUUCACAGGUGUAACAUAGCAGUGAUCCUUUUGACAGACUUGAUAGUUGACCACAGUGUGAAAGUGGAGUGGGGAGGAUAUCUGCAUCUUUUGCUUCAUGCAAUUUUUAUAGGAUUUGACCACUACCAUCCUGAAGUAUAUGAGCAUUGUAAACGUCUGCUUUUGCAUUUGCUCAUAGUGAUGGGCUCCAACAGUAACAUCCAGUCUGUUGCUUCUGUCCUUCUCAGAAACAGAGAGUUUAACGAACCCAGGGUGCUCACUGUCAAACAAACUACACAUCUAGAUUAUACUUUUACAGGUGUUAAUGAUUUUAUACCUGAUUACCAGCCCUCCCCAAUGACAGACUCAGGGCUUAGUUCAAGUUCUACCUCUUCUAGCAUCAGUUUAGGAAAUACCACCGCUGCCAUUUCUCAUCUGCACACCACCAUCCUCAGUGAAGUUGAUAUUUCAGUAGAACAGGAUGAAAAAGUGAAAACACUCAUCGAAUUUAUUACCUCAAGGAAAAGGGGGCCACUUUGGAAUCAUGAGGAUGUUUCAGCCAAAAACCCUAGUAUUAAGAGUGCUGAGCAGUUAACUGUGUUUCUAAAACAUGUCGUGUCCAUAUUUAAGCAAUCAAGCUCAGCAGGAUUUCAGUUGGAGCAUCGUCUCAGUGAAGUUGCUUUGCAAACUGCACUUUCUUGCUCCUCUCGACACUAUGCUGGGAGAUCCUUUCAGAUAUUUAGGGCUCUGAAGCAGCCUCUUACUGCCUCCACACUUUCUGAUGUCCUCUCCAGACUUGUGGAAACUGUUGGGGAUGCAGGAGAAGAAGCUCAGAGUUUUGUCAUAGAGUUGCUUCUAACUCUAGAGUCUGCCAUUGAUACAUUGGCUGAAACCAUGAAGCAUUAUGAUCUUCUUUCAGCGCUUUCUCAAACCUCAUACCAUGAUCCUCUGAUGGGAAACAAGUAUGCAGCUAACAGGAAAAGCACUGGACAGAUAAAUCUAAGCACAAGCCCUAUUAGUGGCAGCGGUUGUUUGGGAUAUUACAGCAAUGCCAGAAGUAACUCUUUGAGACUGAGUUUGAUUGGUGACCGGAGAGGUGACCGUCGACGGAGCAACACACUGGAUAUUAUGGAUGGAAGGAUAAACCACAGUGGUAGUUUAGCAAGGACUAGAAGCCUCUCCUCUCUAAGAGAAGGAGGAAUGAAUGAUGUGCAGCCCACUACUGAUCCCAUCAACCUGAUGGCCACUAUAUUUUGGAUUGCAUCAUCCUUGUUAGAAUCAGAUUAUGAGUAUGAAUAUCUCCUGGCUCUCAGGCUGCUCAACAAACUUCUUAUUCACUUGCCUCUGGAUAAAUCGGAGAGUCGGGAGAAAAUAGAGAAGGUGCAAAGUAAACUGAAAUGGAAUAAUUUUCCAGGCCUUCAGCAGCUUUUCCUUAAGGGCUUUACCUCAGCAUCUACACAGGAAAUGACAGUCCACCUCCUCAGUAAACUCAUCACAGUAUCCAAACAUUCAUUGGUGGAUCCCUCCCAAUUAGCAGGAUUUCCUCUUAACAUCUUGUGUUUACUGCCUCAUCUAAUUCAACAUUUUGAUAACCCCACUCAGUUCUGUAAAGAAACAGCUGACAAGAUAGCAAAGGUUUGUGCAGAGGAAAAGUCACCAACCCUUGCCAAUUUGGCUCAUAUGAUGAGUUUAUACAGCGCACACAGUUAUUCCAGGGACUGUUCUAACUGGAUUAAUGUAGUGUGUAGAUAUUUGCAUGACUCCUUCUCAGAUACCACAUUUAGCCUUGUAACUUACCUUGCAGAGUUGUUGGAAAAAGGGUUAUCUAGCAUGCAACAAUCUUUGCUGCAAAUCAUUUACAGUCUUCUUAGUCAUAUUGACCUGUCUGCAGCACCAGUGAAGCAGUUCAAUCUGGAGAUCAUAAAGGUUAUUGGUAAAUAUGUUCAGAGUCCAUACUGGAAGGAAGCCCUCAAUAUUUUGAAACUGGUGGUAUCUCGAUCAGCAAGUCUCGUUGUACCUAAUGAUAUUCCAAAAUCUUAUGGAGGUGAUAUAGGUUCUCCUGAGAUCUCAUUCACAAAAAUUUUUAAUAAUGUCUCCAAGGAACUUCCUGGGAAAACAUUAGAUUUUCAUUUUGAUAUAUCAGAGACCCCAAUUAUUGGGAAUAAAUAUGGCGAUCAGCACAGUGCAGCUGGUAGGAAUGGAAAGCCAAAAGCCAUUGCUGUCACUCGAAGCACUUCUUCAACUUCAUCAGGAUCUAAUUCAAAUGCAUUGGUCCCUGUCAGCUGGAAGAGACCGCAAUUGUCUCAGAGGAGAACUAGAGAGAAGCUAAUGAAUGUGCUUUCCCUGUGUGGUCCAGAAUCUGGUCUUCCCAAGAAUCCAUCAGUUGUGUUUUCGUCUAAUGAAGACUUAGAAGUUGGGGAUCAACAAACUAGUCUUAUUUCAGCAACAGAAGAAGUAAUCCAAGAAGAGGAAGUGGCUGUGGAAGAUAAUACCAGUGAACAGCAGUUUGGUGUUUUUAAAGAUUUUGACUUUUUAGAUGUUGAGCUUGAAGAUGCUGAGGGUGAAAGUAUGGACAACUUUAACUGGGGAGUUCGUAGGCGCUCGCUUGACAGCAUUGACAAGGGAGACACCCCAUCCCUUCAGGAAUGUCAGUACUCUGGUAGCACACCCAGCUUGAACUUAACCAAUCAAGAGGAUACUGACGAGUCCUCUGAAGAAGAAGCAGCACUGACUGCCAGUCAGAUACUAUCCCGAUCACAGAUGUUAAAUAAUGAUUCUGCUGUAGAUGAAACAGUAUCCGAUCAUGCAAGUUCAUUACUUCAGUCUCAGGAUUCCACUAGCAGUGUGGGAACAGAGGAGGUGCUUCAAAUCAGAGCUGAGACCCCAAGUUUGGAGGCUUCAUCUUUAGAUAACUCUAGCAACCAGCUGCCUGAGGAUGGCAGUUCAGCUGUAAAAGAAGAACAGGUUAGCACUGCCAGUGAAGAUACUGGGUCAUAUGUAUUACAAGAACCCCUGGUCUGUCAGGAAUCUCUGGAGUUGGAAGAAGCUCCUGAGAUGUCAGAACCACAAGCGCCUGAAAGCUAUUCUGAAUCCAUCUGUGAAGAGGAUGUCACCCUUGCUUUGAAAGAACUGGAUGAGAGAUGCGAAGAAGAAGAAGCUGACUUCUCUGGUUUGUCCAGCCAAGAUGAAGAAGAACAGGAUGGAUUCCCAGAAGUUCAGACUUCUCCACCACCUUCACCUUUUCUUUCUGCCAUAUUGGCAGCUUUCCAGCCAGUUGCUUAUGAUGAUGAAGAGGAGGCCUGGCGCUGCCACGUCAAUCAAAUGCUGUCAGAUACUGAUGGAUCUUGUGCAGUCUAUACAUUUCAUGUGUUUUCAAGGUUGUUUCAGACGAUUCAAAGAAAGUUUGUAGCUAUAACAAAUGAUUCAGUAAGUUUUCUUGGUGACGGUCUACAGCGCAUUGGAACAAAAUUUAGAAGUUCAUUAGAAGUGAUGAUGAUGAUUUGUUCAGAAUGUCCAACGGUCUUUGUGGACGCUGAAACGCUGAUGUCCUGUGGUUUACUAGAAACAUUGAAGUUCAAUGUUCUAGAGCUCCAAGAACAUCUGGAUACCUAUAAUACCAAAAGAGAGGCAGCAGAGCAGUGGCUAGAAGACUGCAAAAGGACAUUUGGUGCUGAUAAUGGCAUUCAUGGAACUAACACAGAUGCUCAGCAAAUGGAAGUUCUAGCAGAGCUGGAAUUAUGCCGGAGGUUAUACAAGUUGCAUUUCCAGUUGCUGCUUCUCUUCCAAGCCUAUUGCAAACUUAUCAAUCACGUGAACACAAUCCAAAAAGAGGCAGAGAUUGGGAGUUAUGGGAGAAAUGAGGGGCAAAAUGCUGCACAUCUCUCACUUGACCAGGUUAUAAACAUGUCAGAAGAACUUGCUCAGCUGGAGAGCUGUCUGAAGGAGGCUGAAUCUGCCUCAGACAGUGGUAAUGAAGAAAUUGAAAUCCCAGAGACUUCCCAAGCUAACACAGAGACGGCCAUUCAUUCUCUCAUUGAAACCUUGAGAAGCAAGGAGUUUCUGUCAGCUGUUGUACAAGUCAAGGCUUUCAGGUCUGUUUGGCCAAAUGACAUAUUUGGAAGUUCCGAAGACAACCCAAUCCAAACACUGAUGCAUAUAUAUUUCCGUCAUCAGACUCUGGGUCAGACUGGUAGCUUUGCAGUAGUAGGCUCUAAUCAAGACAUGUCAGAAGCCAACUCAAAACUGAUGGAACUUAAUCUAGAAAUCCGGGAGUCUCUGCGCAUGGUGCAAUCUUAUCAGCUCCUAGCAAAAGCCAAACCAGUGGGAAGUAUGGCAAGCACUGGAUUCUGAACAGUGGUCAUUUAGGAAAAGAACUGAAGCUGACGAUGCCUCAGAAUAUUAUCAAGCACCUUUCACAGAGGAGGGGAAAAAAACCUGACAGCAGAAUUUUACCACAGCAAGAAAUUAUUUCAUCAAAAAAUUUAAGUUCCAAAAACUGAUGGAGUUAACAUCUUAUUGACUGUUGUUUCCCCACACGGUCAUGGUGUGGGCAGCAGUUGUUGGGGUUUUUUAUCUCACAAACUACAUGAAAGGAAAAGGGCUAAAUGUAAUGCAAAGGCAUGCAUUAUUCUCUGUAGAAACAGAAUUGAAAAUGGUGUUGCAGAAAUUGCCUCCAGAUGUUGAGACAAUUUAAAGCAGGUGGGAUGAGGCUAAAAUCAAGACUGGUUUAAUUUUAGCUGAAGACCUGCAAGGCUUCCUGACUUUCCAGCAGUAGUAAAUAUAAUCAUCAGCUAAUGCCUAAUGACACACUGCAAAGUCAUGAAGAAUGUGCAGUAAAACACAAGCAGAAAGAGGACCUAUAAAGACUUUGCAAAAAAAACAUUGAGUUCUCAAUGUUUUAUUUGCUCUUUUUUGUCUGUAACAAGGAAUUGUGUGAGAGUUGGAAUGUAUGGCUAUAUGACAGUUGCAUUUUGAAGGUAUGGAUGUUUGAUAAGGUCUCUGAGCAUGCCUAAAAGAACACUGCAAGAUUAUUUUUGAAAAAAAAAUAUUUUAUUAGAUCUAAUCCUCAUAGUGUGUAAAUGUUAGGACAUUUAAUAAUAUUUUAAACUGGGAUUCCCCAGUAUUUCUAAAAGAAAUAAUAUAUCUGUUAACUUUAUUGGAAUGCUGCUCAGUUCUCUGAUCAGUGCUUAUGUUACAAAUAUUGAUAACAACUAACCAAAAAGUAGCUGCCUGCAGAGACUUUAAAUGUAUAUUAACGAUAUAUGCUGCCCAUCAGCAACUCUCAUUAGAAGAAAAUUAACUUAUUUUAUUCUGUAUAUAUUCUAGGAACUGUAUAGUGUAAAAACAGUAUUUUUCUUGUACAUUUGUGCAAUGCACUGUUAUAUGAGAAUAGGUGUACAAAGCUAAUGGGGGGGGAUGGGAAUUGUGGCUAUUGGUAGUAGAAUAUGUGACUUGCAGUCUGUGUAGUCUGCAGAGUUCAAGAAAAGAGCGUGAAUGCAUUUAGAUGCAUAUUCAUGAUUCAUUACACCUAAGGAAGUGGGACUAUUUAAAAAAAGAAAGGAAGGAAGAGACUGACUACCAAAACAUGCAAACCUGCAAUAUACUUAUAGUUAAACAUCAAAGUCUGUAGCAUAAAAUGAACUGGAGUCUGCUGAAACCAAUAGCAUUUUGUAAAAGCAAAUAUAUGAAUGUAGUCCCAUGAUUUGAAAGGAACACCCAGUAUUUUUAUAUGCAUCUCUUACCCACUGUGAUUUUUUUUUUAAACUGAGCUCUGUAAUUCCAGAGUUUAGAAUGUAGAAAUGAAAUUCUUAGCUUUGCCUUUUCUUGGGGAAGUGGACCCCACUAGAAAUGUAAUUAUGCUGAAAUGCAUUAAUUGAAGGCACUGUGCACGCUGUUGGACUGCUGACAGUAGUUAUAUUACCUUAACAAGCUCUGUAACUGGUCAAGGCACAUUCAUAAUCACUGUAUUUUUGACCCUGAUAAAACUGAAUUAUUUUGUUGGUUCUAUGGUACUGUAGAUGGUGUUCUUAAUUAUUUAAGUAUUUACUGGGGAUAUGUAGUUUUAUUUAGUGGCGCGUUACACUUUUAUUUACAUCAUCUCUUUUACCAGCCUUUUUUGUAAAAUAAAAACAUUAUAUAUGCAAUUUUGUGUAUCUUUGCAAGCUAGGGGGAUGUGCAAUACUGUCCCUUUUAGAAGCUGGUAAACAUUUAAAUGGAAAUCUCUCUUAGUAGUAAACAUGCUAUAUUAUUUUGACAGUGAAUUGACAAACCUUAGAUUCGGACUUCUGUAUUUUUUUUCUCAAAGACCCUAAUAAGAUUUUAAUAUGGUCCAUCAUGAAUGACUGAUCUUCUCAUCUAAUUUCUAAUGCUCAGUUCGUACCCAUCUGAAUAGAAUUAGUCAAUCUCCUAUAUGUGCAAUUAUUGGACUGAAUUGACUCCAAGGCCCAACCCCAUCUGGGUGUUUUCUCAUAGCUCCUCCACCCCACCCCCCAAAGGAAUACAUCUCAACAUACAUUACCUCAUGUUUUGCAGAGAGCAUUCUGUAAUCAUGUUUGUCUUGUAAUCUCUUCUACACUACAGGACUAUAUAACACAUCCACAGGUCUACGUAACAGAGGCAUUGGUAUGCCUGUUUACAUGGACUUUCUCUUGCUAACAAGAGCAAGCACUUCCACAUCCAUGUCUCAAGAAUAGCAAAAUUCUUGCCCUGGCCUAGCAGCUGUCUUAGAUUAAUAGUCCAGAACAGACCAGCAGUAAGCAAGCACUUCAUCUAAUGCUGAAGCCAGAAGAAACCUAUUUGCAAUUUAAGAGGAGUUAAGGUUAGCCUGGUGAAAUCACAAAGUAAUUAAGCAAACUUCUCAAUAAGACAGAGGGGGGUAUGCUGAUUACUGCAAAGAUAAAGCAAUAAAGGACUUGUUUCACUGGCUAGAAAAUGCUGCUGUCUAUCAGCAAUUGCAUCAAGUGUCUAAUAUACUAACCACAAAAUUACUUCCUGUUCUAAGGAAGAUAAAGAUCCUGUUUCAUAUAAUCAAAGAGCCUGUGGUGUUCCUUUUAUACCCCAUUUGAUAGUCCAUAACCUGGCAUCCACAACAGGUAUUGUAUACAAUAAAGGGUGUGAGGGUUGCAUUUGGCAUAGGUUUUAGGGGUCAGUGGUUUCAUAUUCAGCAUGAUUCAAGGAUGUAAGCCAGUUGCUGGGUCCGUGGAAUAUACAAGGGUAAGGAAGGUAAUGUUUGCAGAACUACAGAGUAUAGAUAGCUCACAGGAAUUAUACCUUUACAGUCAUCAAAAGUGCCUUAUUUUUCAACUCCCAAAAGUGAGUUGGGACUUUGCCCUUGUUCUGCUGAAAGAAGGGUCAGUGAGGGUAGAAGUCCAGUCUUAUCCCUAACCACAUAAUAUAGCAUUUACCAGACAUUGACACCAGUCUCACUAAUGAAAUUGUGGCAAUCCAGAAUCUCAGACUAUAGCAUCAAGACCCAACUUCUUGCCUCAUCACUGAUAUAGCACUUCAGGAUAUUAUGGCAGUAGCACCUACCAGUUUGGCUGGAAGUGUGGUAAUGACAACAACAGAAAAUAGUAUAGCUCUCUGCCUCCUGAGUGGCUGCAGUUUAACAGAAAAACCAGUUACAUGCAGUAAGUUUAGAGAUAAUUUGAUAUCUGAUUCUAUAAACAGCCUUCCAGACCAAACAAAAGUAAAGGUACACAAAUAUAUGUGUGCUUCAUAACUGCCAGAUAACCUUUAAUAUUACGAAGCCCAUCAUGCUGUUGAACAAUACUGCAUUUUAAUCACAAGGUAGGCUUAAACAACCUGAAUCUUUCAGGGUUGGGAUUUUUGUAUGUUUCCCUCUCACAGGCAACUGCCUAUCUCCUCUUGAUCAAGUCUAUGGUUCCAGGCAAGAAAAUGCUUCAUGGCUCAAUUUUUUGUCUGUAGAGCAUUAAAGGCGCAUAUAAUGCAUGUACACACACUCAUUUAAAUGCAAUAAACACACAUACA